GUAGCGGCCGGAAGCUCGGUUUAUAGAGGCGGAAGUGGCCGGUUGUCACGCCGUGCAGUGGUGGGGCAUGGCGGUGCCGGUACCCGCGGGGGCUGCGUGAUGUGAGCACCAUGCCCAAGCUGGAGGGGAUGUGUUUCUGGGAGCACACCCUGCGGGGGGCUCGCUAUGUGCUGGCUCCCAUGGUGGAUCAGAGCGAGCUGGCCUGGAGGCUGCUCAGCCGCAGACACGGGGCCCAGCUCUGCUACACCGCCAUGCUGCACGCCCAGGUCUUCCUCCGAGACGGCAACUACCGCAGGGAGAACCUGUACUGCGAGCUGAGCCCGGAGGACCGGCCCCUCAUCGUCCAGUUUUGUGCGAAUGACCCAGAAGUUUUUGUUCAGGCUGCGCUUUUAGCUCAGGAUUACUGUGACGCCAUUGACUUGAAUCUGGGCUGUCCUCAGAUGAUUGCAAAGAGGGGUCAUUAUGGAGCCUUCCUUCAAGAAGAGUGGGAUCUCCUAGAGAAGAUGAUUCAGUUGGCACACCAAAAACUCUCCGUUCCAAUCACCUGCAAAAUCAGAGUUUUUCCUGAAAUUGACAAAACUGUAGAAUAUGCAAAAUUACUGGAGAAAGCCGGGUGCCAGCUGCUCACAGUUCACGGCCGGACGAAGGAGCAGAAAGGUCCAUUUACUGGCGUUGCAUCCUGGGAACAUAUUAAAGCUGUUCGAAAUGCAGUAAGCAUACCGAUUUUUGCUAAUGGAAACAUCCAGUACCUUGGUGAUGUGGAGCGGUGCAUUUUGGAAACGGGGGUGCAAGGUGUGAUGAGUGCAGAGGGAAACCUCCAUAACCCAGCCCUGUUUGAAGGGAAAAAUCCUGUGGUUUGGGAAAUGGUGGAAGAAUAUUUUGAGCUUGUCAAGCAAUUCCCAUGCCCUCUGUCCUUCGUGCGAGCUCACCUGUUCAAACUUUGGCAUCACACUCUGCAGGUUUAUCAGGACCUACGGGACGAACUUGCCAAAGCAAAGACUCUAGAAGGAAUUAUCGCAGUCAAUCAAGCGCUGAAGGGCAAGUGCCAGGAGGAAAGACUUAAUAAACUUGUCGAAGAUGAUAUCGCCGGAGAAUUACCUUUCCCACACUGGAUCUGCCAGCCAUAUGUCCGGCCACCGCCAAAACUUAUUACAAAGGAAGAGAGCGGAGGCUGUGGAAAACGUGCUCUAGAGGACGAGGAAGAGUUGAAUUCUGAGCAUCUUUCAAAGAACAAACAGAAAAAGAAACUGCGGCACCCCAAUAAAUGCCUUGACCCUUCAUUAAAGCCUAAAUAUGCAAAAUGUGACCAGUGUGGAAACCCCAAGGGCAAUAAGUGUGUAUUCCAUCUGUGUCGCAGCUGCUGCAAGAAACAAGCAUUCAGGGAAAUGUCAGACUGUGCAGGUCACGGACUGCUUUUUAAAACCAAAUAUGAGAAGUCUAUUCAGUUUAAAAGUGUCCAAAACGUGGAGGAUAUCGAACAGGGUUUAACGGAAUCCAAACUCCUCCAACCGCCCCCUGAGAUAAAAGCCUGAAUUCUGUAGGAGGGACAAGCCGUUCUGGAGCCUCUGACUGCAUUUCACUUGCUCAUUACUCAGGGAAAUAGUCUGAGUUUACAGUGUGUCGGGGACGGCUUUGCUCCUGCUACGGUUAUAGGCCACGGUACACUUCCUUGCUGCACUCGGACGGUUUAGGGUUUUAUGUUUUUUUCUUUUUUAGCUUUGCAAGGGAUGCUAUGGAUGUAGGAGAGAAACAGCUCACCCUCUGCCUUUUUUCCCAUUUUUAACGUGCUGCCCCUGGCCUGCACUGACUGAUAAGAAACUGGAUACAGGAGGAGCAGCUAGCAUUUUUAAUGGUUGGUAUCGGGGGUGGGAUGGGGCCUAGAAAUAAAUCUGUUGUAUACUUUA